GUUCGACGUUCAACUAUGAAGAGCCCCCAAAAAUACAUGUUCCUGGGAGGCGUAUUUAUCUUUUGCGCCGUCCUACCUGCUGUACUCGGAGAUUACGUAGGCAGCAUCUACAGCGACUCCCCAUAUCCUCCACGAAAGCAACGUAACCGUCGCUCACCAUAUGGAACAACUUCGACAUGCCCUAAUACAAGACAAUAUUACGAUGAAACUGAAGGUCGGUGCAUCGGGAUUCCUGGCGGAGGUACAUUCGAAUAUGAGAAUACAAAACAGAACUGUGCUAGAACCACAAUCAAACCACAUACAUUCGAUCCAAACCGUUACUAUGUCUGUACAAAGCAUAAAGUCAUAAUGGCCUCAUGCACAUCAACGCAGCAUUUUGACACACGACUGAGAAGAUGCACUAUUAAUAAUGAAACACAUAAGGCAACAACGAGUACAACAACUCAGCAACCAGAAUACAAUCAUUUAGAGCUACCAGAAUGCAAAAAACUAGGAAGAUUUCCAGUACCGAACAACUGCACGUUAUUUUACAUGUGUAAUAUACAUUGUCAGGAGAUGUAUCAAACUGUUCACGCAUGUCCACCACCAACUGGCUACGAUCCAAUUACUAGAAUAUGCACAUACAGAGAAACAUGUAAUCAAAAGGAAACAACAAGCAGUGAAUCUUUGAGAACCAGCACAUCAACCAGCUUUCCCGAGCCAUCAACUAACUCAUCAACCACCGACUCCAGCACAUCCGUUUCAUUAAUGGAACCAACCAGCGCUAGGACGAGCUCUUCUGACGCUUCUACGGGCUCAUCUAGCACUAGCGCCAGCUCUUCCAAUGCAUCGGGGGAAUCAAUGAGUGAUAGCACUAGUCCUUCUGCUUCAUCCACGGAACAAUCUAGCGCUUCUGACACAUCGACGGAACAAUCUAGCACUAGCGCAAGCUCCUCCAACGCAGCGGCGGAAUCAAUGAGCGAUAGCACUAGUCCUUCUGGUUCGUCCACGGAACAAUCUAGCGCUAGCACCAGUCCUUCUGCUUCAUCCCCGGAACAAUCUAGCGCUACUGACACAUCGACGGAACAAUCUAGCACUAGCGCAAGCUCCUCCAACGCAGCGGCGGAAUCAAUGAGCGAUAGCACUAGUCCUUCUGGUUCGUCCACGGAACAAUCUAGCGCUAGCACCAGUCCUUCUGCUUCAUCCCCGGAACAAUCUAGCGCUACUGACACAUCGACGGAACAAUCUAGCACUAGCGCAAGCUCCUCCAACGCAGCGGCGGAAUCAAUGAGCGAUAGCACUAGUCCUUCUGGUUCGUCCACGGAACAAUCUAGCGCUAGCACCAGUCCUUCUGCUUCAUCCCCGGAACAAUCUAGCGCUACUGACACAUCGACGGAACAAUCUAGCACUAGCGCAAGCUCCUCCAACGCAGCGGCGGAAUCAAUGAGCGAUAGCACUAGUCCUUCUGGUUCGUCCACGGAACAAUCUAGCGCUAGCACCAGUCCUUCUGCUUCAUCCCCGGAACAAUCUAGCGCUACUGACACAUCGACGGAACAAUCUAGCACUAGCGCAAGCUCCUCCAACGCAGCGGCGGAAUCAAUGAGCGAUAGCACUAGUCCUUCUGGUUCGUCCACGGAACAAUCUAGCGCUAGCACCAGUCCUUCUGCUUCAUCCCCGGAACAAUCUAGCGCUACUGACACAUCGACGGAACAAUCUAGCACUAGCGCAAGCUCCUCCAACGCAGCGGCGGAAUCAAUGAGCGAUAGCACUAGUCCUUCUGGUUCGUCCACGGAACAAUCUAGCGCUAGCACCAGUCCUUCUGCUUCAUCCCCGGAACAAUCUAGCGCUACUGACACAUCGACGGAACAAUCUAGCACUAGCGCAAGCUCCUCCAACGCAGCGGCGGAAUCAAUGAGCGAUAGCACUAGUCCUUCUGGUUCGUCCACGGAACAAUCUAGCGCUAGCACCAGUCCUUCUGCUUCAUCCCCGGAACAAUCUAGCGCUACUGACACAUCGACGGAACAAUCUAGCACUAGCGCAAGCUCCUCCAACGCAGCGGCGGAAUCAAUGAGCGAUAGCACUAGUCCUUCUGGUUCGUCCACGGAACAAUCUAGCGCUAGCACCAGUCCUUCUGCUUCAUCCCCGGAACAAUCUAGCGCUACUGACACAUCGACGGAACAAUCUAGCACUAGCGCAAGCUCCUCCAACGCAGCGGCGGAAUCAAUGAGCGAUAGCACUAGUCCUUCUGGUUCGUCCACGGAACAAUCUAGCGCUAGCACCAGUCCUUCUGCUUCAUCCCCGGAACAAUCUAGCGCUACUGACACAUCGACGGAACAAUCUAGCACUAGCGCAAGCUCCUCCAACGCAGCGGCGGAAUCAAUGAGCGAUAGCACUAGUCCUUCUGGUUCGUCCACGGAACAAUCUAGCGCUAGCACCAGUCCUUCUGCUUCAUCCCCGGAACAAUCUAGCGCUACUGACACAUCGACGGAACAAUCUAGCACUAGCGCAAGCUCCUCCAACGCAGCGGCGGAAUCAAUGAGCGAUAGCACUAGUCCUUCUGGUUCGUCCACGGAACAAUCUAGCGCUAGCACCAGUCCUUCUGCUUCAUCCCCGGAACAAUCUAGCGCUACUGACACAUCGACGGAACAAUCUAGCACUAGCGCAAGCUCCUCCAACGCAGCGGCGGAAUCAAUGAGCGAUAGCACUAGUCCUUCUGGUUCGUCCACGGAACAAUCUAGCGCUAGCACCAGUCCUUCUGCUUCAUCCCCGGAACAAUCUAGCGCUACUGACACAUCGACGGAACAAUCUAGCACUAGCGCAAGCUCCUCCAACGCAGCGGCGGAAUCAAUGAGCGAUAGCACUAGUCCUUCUGGUUCGUCCACGGAACAAUCUAGCGCUAGCACCAGUCCUUCUGCUUCAUCCCCGGAACAAUCUAGCGCUACUGACACAUCGACGGAACAAUCUAGCACUAGCGCAAGCUCCUCCAACGCAGCGGCGGAAUCAAUGAGCGAUAGCACUAGUCCUUCUGGUUCGUCCACGGAACAAUCUAGCGCUAGCACCAGUCCUUCUGCUUCAUCCCCGGAACAAUCUAGCGCUACUGACACAUCGACGGAACAAUCUAGCACUAGCGCAAGCUCCUCCAACGCAGCGGCGGAAUCAAUGAGCGAUAGCACUAGUCCUUCUGGUUCGUCCACGGAACAAUCUAGCGCUAGCACCAGUCCUUCUGCUUCAUCCCCGGAACAAUCUAGCGCUACUGACACAUCGACGGAACAAUCUAGCACUAGCGCAAGCUCCUCCAACGCAGCGGCGGAAUCAAUGAGCGAUAGCACUAGUCCUUCUGCUUCAUCCACGGAACAAUCUAGCGCUACUGACACAUCGACGGAACAAUCUAGCACUAGCUCAAGCUCCUCCAACGCAGCGGCGGAAUCAAUGAGUGAUAGCACCAGUCCUUCUGCUUCAUCCACGGAACAAUCUAGCGCUACUGAUACAUCGACGGAACAAUCUAGCACUAGCUCAAGCUCCUCCAACGCAGCGGCGGAAUCAAUGAGUGAUAGCACCAGUCCUUCUGCUUCAUCCACGGAACAAUCUAGCGCUACUGAUACAUCGACGGAACAAUCUAGCACUAGCUCAAGCUCCUCCAACGCAGCGGCGGAAUCAAUGAGUGAUAGCACCAGUCCUUCUGCUUCAUCCACGGAACAAUCUAGCGCUACUGAUACAUCGACGGAACAAUCUAGCACUAGCUCAAGCUCCUCCAACGCAGCGGCGGAAUCAAUGAGUGAUAGCACCAGUCCUUCUGCUUCAUCCACGGAACAAUCUAGCGCUACUGAUACAUCGACGGAACAAUCUAGCACUAGCUCAAGCUCCUCCAACGCAGCGGCGGAAUCAAUGAGUGAUAGCACCAGUCCUUCUGCUUCAUCCACGGAACAAUCUAGCGCUACUGAUACAUCGACGGAACAAUCUAGCACUAGCUCAAGCUCCUCCAACGCAGCGGCGGAAUCAAUGAGUGAUAGCACCAGUCCUUCUGCUUCAUCCACGGAACAAUCUAGCGCUACUGAUACAUCGACGGAACAAUCUAGCACUAGCUCAAGCUCCUCCAACGCAGCGGCGGAAUCAAUGAGUGAUAGCACCAGUCCUUCUGCUUCAUCCACGGAACAAUCUAGCGCUACUGAUACAUCGACGGAACAAUCUAGCACUAGCUCAAGCUCCUCCAACGCAGCGGCGGAAUCAAUGAGUGAUAGCACCAGUCCUUCUGCUUCAUCCACGGAACAAUCUAGUGCUAGCACCAACCCUUCUUCUUUAUCCACGGAAGAAUCUAGCGCUAGCGACGAUGUGUGUUCUAGUGUAGGUGCUUUCAGGGUACCGAAUAGCUGCUCUUUAUACUACGUGUGUGAUCCAGAUUAUAAUGGUGGUUUCGUGAAAAGUAAAAUCAUGUCUUGUCCCUCUUGUUUACGGUUUAAUCAGCAGUUAGGAAGAUGCGAUUAUGCGCUUAAUGUUCCUGAAUGUUCAGAUGGUUUGAGUGAGUUCCGGAACUGUACUGGAGUUGGUACUUUCCGCGAUACUGUAGACUUGCGAACAUAUUACACGUGUUCCCAAUCAUCCGAGGGCCUAAUAUUAUCUUCGAGUAUUUGUUCGGGAGAUUUGAUCUAUAAUCCUGAAACAUUGUGUUGUGAUAUUGCUGCAAAUAUAAAAAAUCCUCUUCCUCAUCCAGCUGGUCAGUGUACAGAGGCUGGAUUCUUUGCGGAUCCUUACCAUUGUGACAAAUAUUACACAUGUGCUGUAAUGGAUAAACAGUAUGAUUUAGAGAAAGUAGAAUGGUCUUGCCCUGAUGGAGAGUUUUUCAGUGAAGAUGGGGGUUACUGUGGCGAUCGAACAGAAAUGGAUGAAUUUUCAGGAAUUUCGGGCAAUCCACCAUGUCAUAAUCCUGAAAAGAUUUAUUAAAAAUAAAGUCUCUACGCUUUAUUAUUAAAUUUGAUUUUCACACCGCGCGAUGUAAGUACUGGCUGAACAAGAAUCCCGACCACAUUGCUACGAUUCACAGCAACCGCGAGGGAACCUAGUUUUAUAAAAGCUUGGCGAGGACUACGAUUCCGUUUUAUAACAUCAUACAUAGUUUACAAAAUUACAAACUAAUUAGACGGGAGUUAUCAGUUCAUGGUUCCACAGAAUACAUAUUCAUCUUUUAACUAUUUAUGUGAUGAAGAUGAGCGUAACGCAGCAUUAUCCGCAUAAUACGUAAAAUAAAUAAUACUGGGUAACAAAUUGCAACGAAUAAUGUAACUUCGUCGACUUGUGGUGAUAGUCCUGAACAAGUAUUCAGAAAUGUACAUAAAAUUAGUAUAUGUGUAUAGACAUACAUAAAUACCAACACCGUGUAACAAAGGUCUUAUUAGGAUUUACUACUCAGCACAUCGAAUAAGGAAUAAUGUCAUAAGGCUUCAUUAACCCCUUGAGUGUCAGGGACGUCUGCAGAACUUUAGACUGCCAGUGGCAAGGACGUCUAUCUACAGACGUCUUUUUAAAAAAGAGUGUUAUCUAUUAGUGCUAUUUUCACGAAACAUGUUAUCUAACACUCUUCGGGGUUGAUGAAUUCAUAUCUGAUGUCAAAAUUAUCAUAUUCGAAAACAUGAAGAAAAAUUUGAUUUGCAUGAAAACGAUAACAUUUAUUUUCAAUAAUCUGACAGCUUUCUAAACUGAUUGCUACCAUACUGGAGCCACCAUUUUGAAUUCGAAAAUUUGAAUCAAAGAACUGGAUUCAACAACCCGAAAAACCCUUUAGAAUUAAUACCUAAAAUAAUUUGAUAAUUUUACUAUCAAGACUACUUUUGGCCACAUUUUUUUUUGACACUCAAUGGGUUAAUAUCUCCAGCAAAUACAAAGUAACAGUUAAAUAUCAUCAAUGUUAUAAUUUUUUACUGGAGCAAAUAUAAGUUACAUAAAGUAGUUGUCUUAAAACUAUUAAAUGUCUGAGUAGCAAAUUGUAUCAGCGCUCAUAUGUAAUCGAUAGUUUAUGUUUGCUAGGACUAUUGAGCAGGCUUGAAUAUAAAAUGUUGGAAAUAUAGGAUUCGCGAUAAGUAUAUUAUAUA